GAGGAGUUGCGGCAAGGUUGGUUGUCAGCAUCCAAACAGAAAAAAAAGGGGAAAAAAAAGCGUUGGAGAAAAAAAGGCGAGAUUGCGGACGCUGUGUCGAUAGGAGUGGACUAGAGACCAGGACAUCCUCGGGUCGUCUCCAACCGUUUAUCUGUGCUAGUGAUAUUUAGAGGUGAAAGUUAAUGCCUUUUUGUCCAAUCCAUCUCAAAGAAGAAGCAGCCUGCCAGCCUGCCAGCACGCUAGCUUGCUAGCUAGCUACCAUUCUCCAUUUCUAUCCGCAUGUCUGAGGUUGUGGUAGUUUGAGAGAGGCUGUGCUUGCACCAGCAUCCGAGCGCUCUGCCGGCGAAGUAAGGAGUGCUGGUUACCGAUACUUUUAUGUUGGAUCCCUUUGAUAGCGGCUUUAGAUUCGCUGUACGUUACAGAUCUGGGUUAGGCACCAGAGCUGCUCGACAAGUGGGUUUCUAGCUACGCUAGAUAUUCUUUUUUAAAAACCUGUUCUUAAUUAUUCAUCCGUUAACGCAGCGCGCUCGCUAGCUAGCUAGCCAUGUCAGUGCCGACGUCCAGUUCUCCCGCCCCGGGAGAUAACCCCCCGCCGGAGCAGGAAGGGCUGUUGGUGGAUGCCGGUUUGAAACCGCUGGGUCCGACGCCCAGCCAGAGCAGAUUUCAGGUAGAUUUGGUGGCCGAGGCAGCCGCUGCCGCCAAACCGGCCGACACGGAUGCUUCCCCGAAUGCGGCAGACGAAAAGGCUACUCCCGACCCGGUUAAGGCACCCGAGGGACCGGAGCAGCCGGCGGCUGGUGAGGAGGCUAAGGGCAGAUUUCGGGUGGUGAACUUCGUGGACCCCAGCGGGGCCGGGAGCCCCCCGGAUGCCGUGCCCGCCGAUGGUUUCCAAAACGGGGACACCGUGAUGAGCGAGGGCAGCCUGCACUCGUCGACCGGCGGCCAGCAGCACUACCACUACGACACCCACACCAACACCUAUUAUCUGAGGACUUUUGGCCACAACACCAUCGACGCGGUCCCCAACAUCGACUUCUACCGGCAGACUGCGGCGCCUCUCGGCGAGAAGCUGAUCAGACCCACCCUCUCGGAGCUACACGACGAGCUGGACAAGGAGCCGUUUGAGGAUGGCUUUGCUAACGGGGACGAGCUCACCCCCGCAGAGGAGGCCGCAGCCAAGGAGCAGGCCGAUUCCAAGGGCGUGGUCAAAUUCGGCUGGGUCAAAGGAGUGCUGGUCCGCUGUAUGCUGAACAUCUGGGGUGUGAUGCUGUUUAUCCGAAUGUCCUGGAUCGUGGGCCAGGCUGGCAUCAUUCUCACCUGCGUGAUCAUCCUCAUGGCCACGGUUGUGACCACCAUCACUGGCCUCUCCACGUCCGCCAUCGCCACCAACGGCUUCGUGCGAGGAGGCGGGGCGUAUUACCUGAUCUCGCGGAGUCUGGGGCCGGAGUUCGGCGGCUCCAUCGGGCUCAUCUUCGCCUUCGCCAACGCCGUGGCGGUCGCCAUGUACGUGGUGGGCUUCGCCGAGACCGUGGUGGAGAUCCUGGUGGGCAUGGACGCGCUGAUGACGGACCAUAUCAACGACACGCGCAUCAUCGGCACCAUCACCAUCAUCCUGCUGCUCGGCAUCUCCGUGGCGGGGAUGGAGUGGGAGGCCAAGGCCCAGAUCUUCCUGCUGGUCAUCCUGAUCACCGCCAUCUUUAACUACUUCAUUGGGAGCUUCAUCCCGCUGAAGCACAAGGAAUCCUCCGGCUUCUUCGGCUACAAUUCGGAGAUCAUGAUGGAGAAUUUGGGGCCGGACUUCCGGGGGGGAGAAACCUUCUUCUCCGUCUUCGCCAUCUUCUUCCCGGCCGCCACGGGAAUCCUGGCCGGAGCCAACAUCUCCGGAGACCUGGCGGAUCCACAGCUGGCCAUUCCCCGGGGCACCCUGCUGGCCAUAUUGAUCACUGGGAUUGUGUAUCUGGGCGUGGCCUUUUCCACAGGGUCCUGCAUCGUCCGUGACGCCACCGGCAACGACACCGUGACCAAUCCGCUGAACUGCACCGACGCGGCCUGCAGAAUCGGCUACGACUUCUCCGCCUGCAAGGACAUGGUCUGCAAGGAAGGCCUGCAGAACAACUUCCAGGUCAUGAGCGUGGUGUCUGGCUUCGGCCCCCUCAUCACUGCCGGGAUCUUCUCUGCCACGCUGUCCUCUGCCCUCGCCUCGCUCGUCAGCGCCCCCAAGGUGUUCCAGGCUCUAUGCAAAGACAACAUCUACCCUGGCCUGGGAAUGUUCGCCAAGGGCUACGGCAAGAACAACGAGCCCCUCCGCGGGUACAUCCUCACCUUCUGCAUCGGCCUGGCCUUCAUUCUCAUUGCUGAGCUGAAUGUCAUCGCCCCCAUCAUCUCCAACUUCUUCCUGGCGUCCUACGCCCUGAUCAACUUCUCCGUGUUCCACGCCUCCCUCGCCAACUCUCCAGGGUGGCGCCCCAGCUUUAAGUACUACAACAUGUGGGUGUCGCUGGCGGGCGCCGUGCUCUGCUGCGUGGUUAUGUUCGUCAUCAACUGGUGGGCGGCGCUUCUGACCAACGUCAUCGUCCUGGCCCUGUACAUCUACGUCAGCUACAAGAAGCCAGAUGUGAACUGGGGCUCGUCCACUCAAGCCCUGACGUACCACCAGGCCCUGACCCACAGCCUGCAGCUCAGCGCCGUCGAGGACCACGUCAAGAACUUCAGGCCCCAGUGUCUGGUGCUGACCGGGUACCCCAACUCCCGCCCCGCCCUCCUGCACCUGGUGCACGCCUUCACCAAGAACGUGGGCCUGAUGAUCUGUGGACACAUCCGCACGACGGCCCGUCGGCACAACAAGGACCUGCUGAACGACCAGAUCCGCUACCAGCGCUGGCUCCUGAGGACCGAGACCAAGGCCUUCUACACGCCGGUGUUCGCUGACGACCUCCGCCAGGGCUCCCAGUACCUGAUGCAGGCCUCCGGACUCGGCCGGCUGAAGCCCAACACCCUGGUGCUCGGCUUCAAGAACGACUGGAGGGAGGGGGACAUGCGCGACGUGGAGACCUACAUCAACCUCAUCCAUGACGUGUUCGAUUUCCAGUAUGGGGCGGUCGUCAUCCGGCUAAAGGAAGGCUUGGACAUUUCCCACAUUCAGGGCCAAGAUGACCUGCUGUCGUCUCAGGAGAAGAGCUCGGGGAUGAAGGACGUCAUCGUCUCCAUCGACAUGAGCAAAGACUCUGACGGAGACUCCUCAAAGCCGUCCUCCAAGGCCACCACUGCGCAGAACAGCCCGGCCAUACCGAAAGACGACGAGGAUGACGUCAAGGCCCCCAUGCUGAAAAAAGAUAAGAAGAGCCCCACGGUGCCGCUGAACGUGGCCGAGCAGAGGCUGCUGGAGGCCAGCCAGCAGUUCCAGAAGAAGCAGGGGAAGGGCACGGUGGACGUGUGGUGGCUGUUCGACGACGGCGGCCUGACUCUGCUGAUUCCGUACCUGCUGACCAAUAAGAAGCGGUGGAAGGACUGCCGGAUCCGCGUGUUCAUCGGCGGCAAGAUCAACCGCAUCGACCACGACCGCCGAGCCAUGGCCACCCUGCUCAGCAAGUUCCGGAUAGACUUCUCUGACAUCACGGUCCUGGGCGACAUCAACACCAAGCCCAAGAAAGAGAACGUGGCAGCGUUUGAGGAGCUGAUCGAGCCGUACCGUCUGAAGGAGGACGACAUGGAACAGGAGGCGGCGGAGCGGCUGAAGGCCGAGGAGCCCUGGAGGAUCACCGACAACGAGCUGGAGCUGUACCGCGCCAAGACGAACCGCCAGGUGCGGCUGAACGAGCUGCUGCAGGAGCACUCCCGCACGGCCAACCUCAUCGUCAUGAGCAUGCCCCUGGCCCGGAAAGCCGUGUCCAGCGCCCUCUACAUGUCCUGGCUCGACACGCUGUCCAAGGACCCUCCCGCCCAUCCUGCUGGUCCGGGAAACCACCAGAGCGUGCUGACCUUCUACUCCUAAACCCGCCCCCUUCCUGCACUCCGCCACACAACCUCUGCCAUAGAAGAAGAAGAAGUAGACGACAAAGAUGAAGGAGAGAUGAUGAUGAUGAGGGUAACAGGAGGGGCCGAUGAUGAUAAUCUUAAUAAUGACGAGACGCACACACAGGCUGGGGCCGGGGCCGGGUUAGUCCUCCUCCUCCUCACGCUCGUGUUUCAACAAAAACAAAAAAACUAAAAGGGGGCUGCCGACGGGGGGCAGGUGGGGGCCCCUCAGGUGGGGGCCCCUCGUCCCCGCGGCAACGCUCUUGCCUUUCGGUCUUCCGACACAGAUCGAAAACCGACAAACGAACAAAAAUGUUCAAUUUAUGGGUUUUAUUUAAUUUUUUUUUUUCUUUUUUUUUUUUCUUGCUUAUUAAAAACCCAAGCAUGCAAUUCACAUUAUUACUAUUAUUAUUAUUGUCAUUAUUAGCUGUGGAUAAUUUUGCUCUUUUGAAGCGGCAAUAAUUAGCAGUUAUAGUUUGCCUAUGUUGUGUGAACCACAAACACCUUUUCUAGCCUUAAGGAUGUGCCUUCCAUGUGGAUUAAAUACGACUCUGUGCCCUGGGCAAUCACCACAACAUGACGAAUGGAGAUGGUUCUGUUUCUGGGUUUUGGGUCAUGGGGGGGAAAAGUCUGAUGUGAGGGGUUUAUGUGAGUGGAAAUUGGCAAAAGAAAAUGAUAUAGUUCCACUUAUUUGCAUGAAGUAUUUUUUUUUUUCCUUUUUUUCUUUUCAAAUUGUCAAUAGAUUUUUCUCCCUAGAGUUGAGUCUUCCUUUAAAUGGAAAAUGGAUGAUAUUUGUUCCUUUAUGGUUCCUUUACGGUUCCUUUAUGUUCCCUCCACAAGCAGCUGGACCUCGACGCUUAACCACCCUUCCAAACGCGUGCUGCAGCCGUUCCUCAACGGUUCACUUCUGCGUGGAGCGCGGUCUGAGCGGUGCCCCUCCGUUCGGUGCCAGAGAGCGGCUCUUGUGUGUCGUUAACGAGCCGCUCCCCGUUUAGACCGGUCACGCAGUGGUGGGGGACAAAGAGCUGCUAACGAACAAGUGUUUUAACCAAAAAGUCUAAUCAGUUUUUCUUUCUUUAAAAAAGAAAAAAAGAAAAAAAGAUUUCAUUUUAUUUUUUAAAACCCCCUGGCUGGUAUAACCCUGCUGUGGAACCAGUGAAAUGGAAUAGGACUUUUGCCUUAAUUAUUAGAGUAAUGAUUGUUGUAUUUUGUUACUUUGUACUUCUCCUCUUAAGCAUACUGGCUGGUUGAUUAAGGAACGGGGGAAAUAAAGGUGUAUUAAGCUGUGUAUGGGGUGAUAGCUGCAGAUAGAAAUGUACCGUCGACCUACGGUAAAUAUUUGUAAAAAAAAUAAAUAAAUAAAAAACGAAAAAUGCAUAAAUAAUACUCCAUCUUCCAAACCCGCCCUUUCCAAUUGUUUUCUCUCCCGUGCAUUUUCCGUCAUAUAGAAAGUUCCGGAGCGCUCGAACAGGGGCUUGCCUGCUCCUGGUGUCGGGUUGCAGAUAUGACUUACUCAUCUCCCUGUUGUGUACAGAUGCAGUUUAAUAUUGCUCGUUUGUUGGUACUGU